GGCAGCAAGCCCCGGACCCCCGACUAGGCGCAUUGUCGUCGGCCUCAGGACAUCGCUCCUUGCGCCCCGGCUCCUGGACCCCAAGUCCCCCUAGGUCCCCAGCUCCUGGCAAGCCCCAUGGCCCCCCAGGGGGGUGAGGUAGGGACAGACUGAGUACCCCCAGUGCACGGCCCCCCGGGCCGCGCGGCGGGAGCGUCUUUGGGGAGCUAUGCUGAGGCCGGGUGGUGCGCAGGACGCCGCGCAGCUCCCCCUUUGGCGCGCUCGCGCCCCUGUCCCUGCGCCCCCCGACGGCUGCCGGCCUCCGGCCCGCCUAGGUCUUGCCUGCCUUCUGCUGCUGCUGCUGCUGACGCUGCCGGCCCCUGUAGACACGUCCUGGUGGUACAUUGGGGCACUGGGAGCCCGGGUGAUCUGUGACAAUAUCCCUGGUCUGGUGAGCCGGCAGCGGCAGCUGUGCCAGCGUUACCCAGACAUCAUGCGCUCGGUGGGCGAGGGUGCCCGAGAAUGGAUCCGGGAAUGUCAGCACCAGUUCCGCCACCACCGCUGGAAUUGCACCACACUGGACAGGGAUCACACGGUCUUUGGACGUGUCAUGCUCAGAAGCAGCCGGGAGGCAGCAUUUGUGUAUGCCAUCUCAUCAGCAGGGGUGGUCCACGCUAUCACUCGUGCCUGUAGUCAGGGUGAACUGAGUGUGUGCAGCUGUGACCCCUACACCCGUGGCCGACACCGUGACCAACGUGGGGACUUUGACUGGGGUGGCUGCAGUGACAACAUCCACUAUGGUGUCCGCUUUGCCAAGGCCUUUGUGGAUGCCAAGGAGAAGAGGCUUAAGGAUGCCCGGGCCCUGAUGAACUUACACAACAACCGCUGUGGUCGCACGGCUGUGCGGCGGUUUCUGAAGCUAGAGUGUAAGUGCCACGGGGUGAGUGGCUCCUGUACUCUGCGUACCUGCUGGCGUGCACUCUCAGACUUCCGCCGCACAGGUGAUUACCUGAGGCGACGCUAUGAUGGGGCUGUGCAGGUGACAGCCACCCAGGAUGGCGCCAACUUCACAGCAGCCCGCCAAGGCUAUCGACGUGCCACUCGGACUGACCUUGUCUACUUCGACAACUCCCCAGACUAUUGUGUCUUGGACAAGGCUGCAGGUUCCCUAGGCACUGCAGGCCGUGUCUGCAGCAAGACCUCUAAAGGGACAGACGGUUGUGAAAUCAUGUGCUGUGGCCGAGGGUAUGACACAACUCGAGUCACCCGUGUCACCCAGUGUGAGUGCAAAUUCCACUGGUGCUGUGCUGUGCGGUGCAAGGAGUGCAGGAACACUGUGGACGUCCAUACUUGCAAGGCCCCCAAGAAGGCAGAGUGGCUGGACCAGACCUGAACACAUGGAUAGCUCACUAGUCCCUCUACUUCAAACCUCCCGACUCAAAAGCACAAGAUCCUUGCAUGCACACCUUCCUCCACCCUCAACCCUGGGCUGCUACAGCUUCUAUUUAAGGACUUGGGGAGUGGUCCAGAGGGACCCUGGUGCCCUGGCUAGCUCCUCAGCCCUGGGAAGGAGUUGACAGAGGAUGUAAGGAAUUGAGUGGCUCCCCGAUUCCCCCCUCUGAAGGUUAGAAGGGAGAGUGGAAGAGGUAGGGGGUCUUCAGAGUGACAGGAGUUGCACUAAAGCACCUGGUCGAGGCUCAUUUUCCCUGUUCCUUGCCUUGGCUUCCUGACACCUCUUGUAAGAGGAAGGAUUCCUGGAGACAGCUCCUUUUUGUUCCUAACUGGCUGAGGGUAGAUGGGCCAGAGAUGAAACCGCAUGUCCCCUCCCUCAAGUCAGUUUGAGUAGACUGCCUCUUACCCCGGAAGAAUCUCUUAGGCUACAAAAUUCUUCCAUUAUCAAGAGCCUGAGAUUGCUAGACAGAGUUAGCCAUAGUGGACAAGGUUCUGUUCACAUGCUCAUAUGUUUAUAAAAUGCUGUGUUUUGUAGGGGAAAAAAUUAUAUAACUACACAAAAACAUACUCUUUCCCAAUCUCUCUCUUUUUCAACCUGUAUCAGACAGCACUGCCUCUUUUGGUCACUUGCUGCCUGUUAAAACAUGUGGUGGCAUGCAGUGGUUCUCAAGCCUAACAGAUCAUUAGAAUACCCUGGGAUACUCCUGGGAGGUAGUAAUCUAAUAAGUCUGGCUAGACCUUGGGGUUUUGUAUUUAUUUUUUUACUUUCUAUGAGUUAUUCUGGUGGUCAGCCAGGUUUGGAAAACACUGUAUAAGAGAUAUGAGACUUGUGGAAGGUGGGAGAGGGUGAGCAGGCCUGAUCUCAAGGCCCACAUGAGGCACUAGUGUAUACUAGGGAGGCAGGGAUCUCGGGCUUUGGUAAUUCUUUAGGAGAGGAUCCUAGCCUUGGACACUGGGAGCAGGAGCCUGUAACUAUGGAGGGAAGGGGAGCUAGGGCUCGGGCCAAAGUGGUGAAUAGCUUAGAAGACAGCCUUCCCUCAUUUAUUCAACAAAUCUUUAUUUAGUGAUUCUCCAAGUCUUGGUGUUCAUUAAUGUCCACUCCACAUUUGGCUCAAGUAGUGGGGGCUUUCCUUCUACCCAUUGCUUAUCUGGGCUUGCAGUAGUGGAGUCUCCAGAGGUAGCCAACUUAGUAAGCUAGAGGAUAAGACACAGAGUCCCAAAAACCUAGAUGUCUUACUUUGUGUCUUGGACAGUGGUUGUCUCUUGCCCAUUGAUAUUAAAAAGGAGCAAAUCUGCAGUGCCAUUUUAGCAUUUUUAAUACUUCAAGCAAGAUACCUAAAUUCUAAGCAUUGGUUUUCUCAUCUGUAAAUAAGGGAAAGAACCUAUCUCAGCUACUGAGUUUUAAUUAUGCCUCAAACUCCAGCCAACAAAUACUCUCAUCAAAGUUCCUGACUGGUCUAGCCAUCCCAACCGCUCUAAACCAAAAAAAAUCCAAACCCAGUGCCAUCGAGUCGAAUCUGACUCAAUGCCUCUCGGACCCUUUAAUUUAGAACUGUAAAGUAUUGAAAGCAGGCUGUAGCUUAAGGGGUCUACAAAAGAAAUUCUGCAUAUAGGCCCCACUUUCCUUUCCCAAGUUCCACUCCAACA